AUUUCCAAUAAUACACUGUAAUCUUUGAUUGUGUGUGUAACGAGUAACGACGCUUUCAUCCCAAACAUUCGUUUUCCUUCAUUAAAAUCAUUUAUAAAUCAGUGUUAAUUAUAACAGUGUUUUAUAAGAAAACAGGGUGGAUAUUUGUGCAUAAAACCGUGAAUCAUGAGUCAGAUAGUAACGCGCAAGGGGCCUAUUGGCGAGGAAAAGGAAAAAGAUAAGAGGCAAACGAACAGCCCUGUGAAAGAAAUGAAAAAGAAGAUAGCAGCAAACGCAGAGAAAGAGAAACAAGCGGCGGAGAAAAAUACAGACAAAUCAGCACAAAACGAAAAAGACAAAAAAGUUGAGAAGGCAUCUGAAAAGACAGACAAAACUGCUGAAAAAUCCGACAAAAAAGAUAAAUUAGAUAAGAGCAUUGACAAAAAAGACAAAUCAGAGAAAAGCGUAGACAAAAAAGAAAAGUUAGACAAAAGCUUAGACAAAAAAGACAAAGCGGAGAAAAGUGGCGAUAGCAAAGUUGCAGAGAAGAAAGAAAAUGUAGUAGAAAAGGAAAAGAGUACAGAUAAGAAGGAAGUGGAAGACAAAAAAGAAGACAAGAGUCAAGACAAGGAGAAGGAUGCAAAGGUGGAAACAGAAGACAAAUCCAAGAAGCCAGAGACAAAAGUGAAAGAGAACGGCGCAAAAGUCAACGGGGAACAGAAUGGCGACACGGUGAGUUCGGAGGACGAGCUCCAGGAUCUGGAUGUGGACCAGGAGAGAGACGAGAUGUUCCCAGAGCUGGCCUACGAGGACUCUGACGGCGAGUGCUUCGAGCCCCCAACUCCUGAGGGUCUGCCAAGUCGCAGCUACACCCGGAGGUCGCAGGUGAAGGCGACGCGCACGCCGGAGACGCCGCGCCCCGCCUCGGAGAAGCUCGCCGACAGGGACUACGUGCCCGACGAAUCGAAACUGCUGAAGUUAAAAGAUGACGUGCCCGCCUCGGACCGCAAGCUGCGCUCGGCUGACUCGCCCAAACCACACGACAAGAAGGAAAAGUCUGAAACUGGUGCACCUGAGUCAACCGAUAAGGUCGCUAUACCGGUCGUGAUCCUAGAAGAAUGUAGUGAAGUGGAGAAUAAAAUGGAAGAUACAGAGAGUAAUGCGGAAGAGAAGACGGAAAGGGAGAUUGAAGUGGUCUUAGAAGUUGAAAAUGAAGACGAGGGCCGCGUGAAGGCGGACACCAACUACUCCAAGUCGCGCGUCAAGGUGUCGCCCUACAGACGCAGCGCGCGCCUCGCCGACAACACCAACACGUCGCUGCUGGCCAACUAUACAGGCAACAACACAACAAUGGAGAUGGACAUCACGGAGACGUCGUCGUUCCUGGCGGCGGAGGCCGAGAGCCCGUACCUCAGCGGGCUGCGCAGCAUCCGCGGGCGCCGCUCCUACAAGCCGCUGCGCGAGAUGGCGCUGCGCAGCAUCGGCGCCGACCGCAGCACGCGCUCCACCCCCGGCGCCAGCGUAGCGGAGCAGCCGAGCCGACCGACGGGCACGGUGGUGGGCCGCAAGCGCAAGCCGUCGCGCGACGACGCGCCGCCCGCCGACGAGGAGCGCGGCAAACGCGCGCGCCUGCUCGAGCGCCUCGCCAAGCCCUUCCGCAUGGCGUCCACGCCGCUGCCGGCCAGACGCGCCGCUGAGAUCGUGGGCAUCAACACAGACCUCCCGCUGAGCGCACCGGUCGCGUCCACAGAGACCUUCGACCCGGAGGCCAUCAAAGCCCCCGGUGUCAUCCCCGUCGAGCCCCCCACCCCCGUCAACCCCCACACGGAGCGGGACUCCAAACGGUGUGUUGUCAUGUAAGUUUAACCAUACCGCCUUAACCAAGGGAUCUACUGACAGAAUGUUUCUCGGAAAGGGAUUCAUCCUCCAUAAUUACAUCCCCCACCGAUUUCUAUACUCUCUCGUUCAUCCUUAAUUGUGUUGUAUAAAAAAAUUGAGAAAGGGACAAAAUUAUGUAAAUAUUUUCAUCCCCAACAGGAUCAUAUUGAAUUCUAUUUUAAAUCAUUCAUAAUAGAUGUUGUAUAUGUAUCCAGUACUGCCCUGAUAAAUGGGACGAAAUUAUGUAAAUAUUUUCAUCCCCAUUACGAUAAUAAUAAAUUAUAUUAUCAAUAAUUCACAAUAGAUGUUUAUAUAUGUUUAUAGCCAGUACUGCCGUGUAAUUUAAAAGAGUUGUACUCCUUAGAAGUGAUACAUAGCAAACUAUUUACAUAUAAACCCGUCUCUCAUCCCUUAAUUUAAUAUUGCAAAAAAUUUCAUUCCCGUUCAUCCCCAUAUUAUUAACCCCACCGAUCUUGGUUCACCCAGAAAAGUUUUAGUUUUUUAUAACUGUAAUAAAUAAUAAAUAAAUAUAUUAACCAAAAUCAUCCCCGUAAUCUCCUCGUUAUAUUAUUUGAAAAUUUAAAAGAAACUCGAUCCCGUUUUUGCAAUUUUUUCAUGAAACAUUUAUUAUUUGUGAUAGUGAAUCGGUUAUUAAUUAAUUAAGUAUAAUCAUUAGUUAAAAAUGAAAAAAAAAAACAAUCAAGAUCAAAGACAUCAAUCAUUAAUGUAUAGCUCUCAUUCAACUUCUUUCCGUGAAACAUAUCUAAAGUCCCUUUUACAUUGUAAGUCUAUUUUAAAUAGAAUCAGUACAAAAUGUACUUUUUAUUUUGUCACCGUCAAAUCAGGUAAUACAAUAUGAAUUUAAUAAUGGAUUUUUUUAUGUAAUUUGAGUGUUAAAAUCUGAAUUUUAACAAAUGAGUGUUAAAUUUGGUAAUGCAAGAAAAAUGUUUUAAAAAGUAAUUGAUUUCUUACAUAACAAAAGUUAUUUUGUUGUGUAAGAAAUCAAAAUCAAAUCAAAUUGUAAAUGGCACUUUCGUUGAUGACACUCCCAUGAUAUGCGGGCGACGGGGGGAAAGACUGCGCGGUUGUGAAAUCGUGCGUGCGGGGAAGUGGGGGUAUUCGUGGGUUUUCGUUCACCGCUACACGCCCCCCGGCCCGCGCAGAACAUUGGGAGUGUUACGAACGAAGUUGCCAAGAUAUAGUCACUUCUGGGGAAGACGCACCGCUAAGCGAUUCAGCGUUAUACUAUGAUUUCGCAUAGAAACCGUAAGGGGUAUGGGUAGAGUAUACUUGCACCUCUUCCAAGUAAGCCACCAUCUUGGACUGCAUCAUCACUUAACGUCAGGUGAGAUUGCAGUAAACUAUUUUGACAUUCAAUAAAAAAGUUGUAAGUAUGAAUGUAUAAAUACCAAUAAUCUCAGAAUAUAGAAAACUCUAGAAGAUGUGAGCGCGCAUAGAAAUGAAGUCGUUGAAAUUACUCUUUUUAGGUGUAAUUUCACGUUAGUCAGUCUAUGUAUGUGUUGUGUGACGUACUAUACAGGUACAAUUUUUGGACACAAUAUGUGCUUUAUAAUGACGGCGGAGUUUCUGGUGGUCUCUGUAUUCUGAGCCAUUAAGGUAUACAAAAAAAAUAUCUGGGCUUAAUUCAAAUCUAAUGUGUAUUUACGUGGAAUUUUUCUAUGUGUUAUCAAAUGUUAAAUUUUGUUAAAGCUUGAUUUUAUGCCUUGAGUGUAAAAUUCGUUAAUUUCAAAAGCAAAGAAUGAAUAAGCAUUUAUGUUACUGUGGAAUAUUUCUAUUAUCAGUGUAAUAUAGAGUGCCCAAUUUGAAAAGAUUACAGUGUUUAUUCUCAAUAUGAUUACCAAUGUUUUACUUUUUGGUAUAACUAUUAUGUAUUUCUACUGUUAAUAAAUAUAAUAUUUUAAUUUAUUAGUCUCGAAAAAGCUGAUUUUGUUAAACUGUAGAAUUACACGCUCAGAAUGUAGGUAAUUUUAACGUAAACUAUAUUUUUACUAUCGGUUUAUCUAACUAAGCAUUUAUAUCAAACUAUGGAGUAAAAAAUGCCGUGCUCAAAUUGGAAAAGGUUGCAAUGUUUUUUUUUAAACUAAAAUUUUAAAUGAUUAACUAAAUUUAACAUUUAUUUAAAAUAAGUAUUAUGUAAUUCGACUGUUAAUAAAAAUGAAAUUUAAAUUUAGUCUCAUGUCGGCUUUUGUUAAACGUUAGAAUAGCCUUUUACGUUUUUCGAUGACAGUUGUUGUUUUCGAUGAUUGUUAUUGAUGUUAAAAUGUGGAAUUCGAUUGUCUCAAAAAUGUAUGUUUUACAUAAUGUUGACAUAAAUUUUGCACAUAAAAUUAUUCUCGGAAUAGACAUUUUCGUUUUAUCCCAUGUGGAUGAGCAGUGACUAAACUGCAGGCUAGCUGCAAAAUUAUGUAAAAUUGUGUUUUAUUUGUAACUUGCAUGCAGUUAGUCUUUAUAUUCUCGACGAACUAAUGAAUCACGGACUAUUUAAUUAGAUACCGCAAGCUGUGACGUCAUCGUUGGUACCAAAAAAUAAUCGUUUGCAUUUAACACUAUUCAACGAUAAACCGGUAUCUAGCUAAAUAUACGUCCUUGGGUUUUGUAGUUACACAAUGUUUUGUCUUCUUCUUUCACAUGUCAAAUCGCUGACGACAGAGUGAGAGGAAAAUGUAUACAAGUGUAGUAUUUGUAUAGAGAUUGUAUGAAUAGUAUUAUAAAUACGAUAUUUUAAACAUGGACUUUUUAUUUUAUUUUAGCUAAGUUUUAUCGAGUAACUUGUAAAGUUGUUUUAACGGGCAUGUUAUUUAUAUACAAGUUGUGGUCAAGGGCGAACUUAUAAAGAAUAAAAUAAUAAAAAAAAGUUGACUAUUUAGUACAGAGCUUUUAGAUUUUACUAGCGGUCGCUCAAUGACUUCGUCCACGCUUAAUUUGGAUUUUUGCAAUUUGAUUUAUGUCAAAUUUUUGAAAAUAAAUUAUAGCCCAUGUUACUUUCUGUAGUUUGUAUUUGUGAAAAAUGGUUAAAUUCGGUCCAGUUUUUUCGGAGAGUCAAACGUUUACGUUGUUUAUGAACGAAGUAACCAAACAUUUGUUAACUGAAACGAUACUAUAUUUGAUAACUGGACGUCUUUGUUAACUGUACUAAGCAAAUGUGUCCAAAAUGCGUCCACAAUAGUUUGAAUUAACUUGGCGUCCAACCAAUCACAAGUUACACGCACCUAUAGUGGACGUAGAUUUUUUUUUAAAGAAGAUUUGCUAUAUCUUUUUAAAUAUGACCAAUAUUCCCAUUCCCCUCCAACUAGUCGGGAAAGACUGUGCUAGGAGUGGGUACGACAAUAGACCAACGGGGCGGGGAUCGAACCACCACCCCUCGAUGAGUACGACCGCUCUUACCGUUGAGCUAUUGAGGCUCAAAGAUUGGACGCGAUUGUAAAGCGCUCUUGUUGCAUUACUCCUUAAUCAUUUUUUGGCUGGUAGGAGGCUUCGGCCGUGCCUAGUUACAUCCCUACCGACUAAAACGUAGCGCCAAGCGAUUAAGCGUUCCGGUACGAUGUGUAGAAACCGAAAGGGAUGUGGAUUUUCAUCCUCCUUCUAACAAGUUAGCACGUUUACAUGUCAGAUUGCAUCAUCACUUACCAUCAGGUGAGAUUGUAGUCAAGGGCUAGCUAACAAAUUGAAAAAAAAAAUCAGCCAUUUUGUACCAUAUUAAUAGACGAGAUAGAUUAUUUACUUAUAAUUGAUAAUUCGUCCGUGUUUCGUUUACGUAAAAUGCUUGCCCUGAGUCAAAGUUCUAGGCAAGCCAAUACUUGUAAUACAGCUGUGUAUUUGAUAACAUGACCGUGUAUAAAAAAAAUAAUAUAUAGAUUUUUUUUUCGAAAACGCUUUUGCGUGGAAUUAUAGUGUUCUUUAAUAUGGAAUGGAAAAAACAAUUUACAACUGUAACUAAAUGGGACAAAACUAGUUUUUAGUUCCAGUUCAAUCGAAUGCAAAGAAAUAUAUACAGUACUACGAUUUAAAUUGUAGAUUUGAGUCUGGAAUGGCCAGAUCUUCGUAAUUUUAUUAUAAGUCAGACCAUGUUCCUACGCCGAGGCACGCACUGUUUGAAUGCCCAGGUACCACAGAUGUAAGAGCAGCCGCUGAAGGUACUAAUGAGGGAGUAAACGCAAGUAACCUCAUCUCACGUAUGCUGUCAAGUGAGGAGCAGUGGCAGAAGUACGCCCAUAUGCUACGAACCACAAUGAAAAGAAGGGAGGAAAAAGAGACAGAACAAAAGAGAGAGAGUGAAAGAAAACAACAGGAAGGUCAGCACGAAGAAAUGCAUAGCGGUUCCGUGCUGACCAUGGAGUCCAGGGAAGGUUAUUUUUAGUCCGUGCAAGUCGGACAUACCCUGCCGACUGUCGGCAGAAGUCCGGAGGGAUUUUUUUCCUCCCUGAAAAAAAAAAAAAAAAAAAAAAAAAAAAAAAAAAAAAAAAAAAAAAAAAAAAAAAAAAAAAAAAGACCAUGUUCCUACCAUAGGUAAGUUACUUGCAACUGUGUUUUUAAUGUAGUAAGUUUUUAAGGACCAGCAGAUUAAUUCACUAACUUUGACGUAAAGUUGACGUAUACGAAAUUGAAAAAUGAAAAAUGAAAAAAUCUUUAUUCGUCAAAUAAGAAAUUGAGAGUCUAUGUAAUAAAUGUCAGCCAGUGCCUACUGACAACCAUUCGUGGAUAUCAUACAGUAGGUAGAUGUCAUUUCUCAACUACAGUAGGUAGAUGUCAUUUCUUAUCUGCCUGAUCAACAUCCUAGCCAAAGUAUAUGAGACACUUUUGAACACUAGGCUCAUACAUGAGGUCGAAAAAAAUGGAGGUCUACAUGAAAACCAAUACGGCUUCAGAAAAGGAAGGACUACGAUUGACGCAUUAAAGGAAGUGAUAAGAUUAGCAAGACAGGCACAAAAGAAUAAUCAUUGGAACAGCCUAGUACUGGUAGAUGUUCGUAACGCAUUUAACACGGCAUCCUGGCCGAAAAUAGUAUAUAAACUUAAAAAACGGCAAAUUAGUAGUUACAUAACAAACACCAUAAUGGACUAUCUAGAGCAUAGAUAUAUACAAAUUAAAAAGGGAGUCCAAGUCAAGAUCGGUGGGGGCGUACCGCAAGGGUCCGUACUCGGUCCAACUCUCUGGAACAUAAUGUACAAUGACGUAAUGUCAGUGGAAGUGCCGGAGGGUGUCAAGUUAAUAUGCUAUGCGGAUGACUUAGCAAUUUCAGUGACUGCUAAAAAUGCUGAAGACCUAAUUAGAAAAGGUAACGAGACCCUUUACAACAUAAUGCUCUGGAUGGAGUACAAUGAGUUAGAGAUAGCACCCGAAAAGACCGUGGCUAUUAUUUUUAAUAGAAGGCUGAAUAGGGACAACGUCUUUAAAUGUGGAACUACAGAGGUAAUACCAGCCCCUAACAUCACUUACCUGGGAGUGAUUCUUGACACAAGUCUUAACUUUGGUAAACACAUAAAUAAAGCGUGUAAGAAAGCCCAAAAAACCACAAGGGCCCUCAGCACGAUUUUACCAAACACUCGCGGGCCCAGCUCAGGGAAACGAAGGACACUGGCUCUGGCAAUGCAGUCUACAAUAAUGUAUGCAGCACCAGUAUGGGCAACAGCAUUGGAUAAAGAAAUCUAUAAAAGGACAGUGCUGAGUGCCCAAAGAAUAAUGGCUUUAAGAACGUGUUGUGCAUACAAAACCAUCGCCACCGAUGCUGCCCUCGUUUUAGCGAACCUCAUACCAGCUCACCUGCUGGCUCACGAACGGACAUCCACGUACGGACAACUGCCAGAGGAAAGAAAUAAAGCUAGGGACACUACACUACAGAAGUGGCAAAAUGAGUGGGACCAGUCAACAAGUGGGCGCUGGACUCACAGACUGAUUUACGACAUACAGGGGUGGGUGAAUAGAAAGCAUGGACACCUAACAUUCUGGAUGACACAGUGCUUCACAGGGCACGGAGUCUUUAUGCAGUACCUGAAACGCAUAAAAAAAAGAGAUUCCGCUGAAUGCAUGUACUGCCCAGGGGAAGAUGAUGCGGAACACGCUAUAUUUCACUGCCCAAAUUUUGAACAACAGAGAGAAAUAGUAAAACGUCAAGUUGGGAGCAAAAUAGAAGUUGGAAAUCUAACCAGCAUAAUGCUGGAGACGAAGGAGAAAUGGGAAGCUAUAAGUUUUUAUCUGGAAGGAAUUAUAAAGUGUAAAGAGAAGGACGAAAGUGAAAGAAAUAGAGCUCGGUGAUACAUAGACAGGGGUGUUGGUGGUAGGUCGAAUUGGCAGGAACACCAACGCCUUGGGGUCAGGAGGGGCUUUUUUUAGCCGGUAGGAGUCCGGCACUAUCCGGUUCAGGAUGUCCAUGAGGAUUUUUUUACUCCUGAAAAAAAAAAAAAAAAAAAAAAAAGUUGAUUUAAUAUAUAUUUUAAUAGGUUGUCGAAAAAUUAUGAAAGAUAAAGACAUAAAGACGAAAUUAGUGAAUAGGCCAGCUGGGUGUGGACCUUUGUGGACUCUAAGAAGAGGUUUGACGGCCUCCGUGGCGCAGUGGUAUGCGCGGUGGAUUUACAAGACGGAGGUCCUGGGUUCGAUCCCCGGCUAGGCAGAUUGAGAUUUUCUUAAUUUGUCCAGGUCUGGCUGGUGGGAGGCUUCGGCCGUGGCUAGUUACCACCCUACCGGCAAAGACGUACCGCCAAGCGAUUUAGCGUUCCGGUACGAUGCCGUGUAGAAACCGAAAGGGGUGUGGAUUUUCAUCCUCCUCCUAACAAGUUAGACCGCUUCCAUCUUAGACUGCAUCAUCACUUACCAUCAGGUGAGAUUGUAGUCAAGGGCUAACUUGUAAAUAAUUAAAAAAAAAAGGUAAUAAGAGCAAUCAAUAUUUACUUUUUUACAUUUCCUUUAUAAAAGCUGAAGUAUAGUAGAAAAUCGUGGUUAGAAGCAUGGGCUGACAAUUAUUUUUUUUAAUGCCGUAGAUCUGACCAUCACAGGUUAAUAUAGUCCAUCAUGGUCUCGGCAAUGUUUGCAUAAAUUUUAUAAUAGGAUUACUAUUUAUAAUACGAUACUUCUCUUGUUGAUAACUGAGUUAUUACAAUAUAAUUAUUAUUUUUCGAUUAGUAUUCAAAAUUACCUACCUACUUUUGCCGAAAGCACAUUAUUUAAAUCGCAGUACUGUAUGGAGAUUAUUCGUUCGGUUUUACAUCGGUUCAAUAUUGUUGUUGAUAGUCAUUUUUGUCUAAUAGUCGUUUCGGUCGCGCCUAGUUACCUCGCUACCAAAGAAUCAUUUAAAAGAACCCGGUAACUCGAACUUUUGGAGGGAAAUCCAUACUAUAGAAUUUCUCAAAAAACAAUAUAUUUACCUUAUUUUACAAAGAGUGAUUUGUUUUAUUUGUUUGUUGUGAAUAGAUUACAAAAAGACUGGGCGGAUUUUUAAAAAAAAUUUUUCUUACGAAAAGCGACUGUAUCAUCGAGUAACAUGGACUAUACUUAUCAUCAUAUUCCCACGUUGCCAGGCGUCUGGAUAAAGCUGGACAUAGUCAAGCUUUUUGAUUGCGUGUCCGGCCAAAACAAACUACGUCCGGCUUUUGCUAGGCUAGGCAAUUCUAGAACUUAAUUUUGACUAAUGACUUUAUUUGAAUGAUUAAUAACAAUUAUACUAAAACUGGUUCGAUUUUAUUUAUAUUUAACAUUGACCUCUUAUAAUAAAAGGACGCACAAUCAUGUACAAAAUGUCACUUAAAAACUGGCCAAUUUUGCUUUACAGUUUUAGGAUUAUUGGUAAAAAAAAAGUUAUACUUAAAAGCCUUUAAAUAUAGUCCAGUAUUCAAUAUAAUACCAAAUGGAGAGCAAAUUCAACCUUAAGGAUUGAAUUUAAGGUUGAAUUUGCAAAUGCGACUACUUGAAUUGAGUGCCAAGAAGUUGUGUUUGCCACUCAUUGAGUGGGGACGUUUUUUGGUCGCUGAUUGUGCAUCCACUUUUUAAUAGGAGAUCGAUAAUAUUUAAUUUAUAAUAAUAGUCAUAGAAGCUCAUUUUACAAACUUUUUUUGUCGUAACCUACAGAGACAAAAUCCUCAAAAAUGUGUCCGGCCUUUUCACCCUAAUGUCCGGCCUAGUCCGGACUAGUCUGUCCGGCUAUUGGGCUUGGCGACCUGGCAACCCUACCGGGAAUGGCAACUAUGUGGGUGAAACUGUGGGUUUGCUAUUUUAACUAUAAAUACAUAACAUAGAACCGGCGCCUUUUUGAGACUCGGUUAAAAACCGAAUUUAUAUUGGUUUGUCUUUUAAAAUCUUCACAUUAAAAAUACCUGAGUAUUAAACUUUAUAAAAUUUUUAAUGAAAAAAAUUCAACCGACUUCCAACUCAAAAAUUAACUUAAACUAAAAAGCAAAAAAUAACAUCUCACCUAUGUGAUUAAUUUGAAGGCGGAGCCAAUCCACUGAAACAUACGUACAGCCGAAUGUAGAACCUCCUCCUUUUUGUAAGUCGGUUAAAAAUAUGACAGUGUAUAGAACUGAUGCAAACUGAACCUGUUAAUCUCGAAAUUAUGUUAAGUCUUAGAAUAAGUUUUGUUAAAUAAAGUAAUUAAGUUCAAUAUAGUUGUGCGACCUGUGCAAUCUUCCCAAAAAAUAUCGAAUACGAUGUACCGAAGAUGCAGACGAUACAUGUGCAAAUGAUAUCAAUAAUCGUGUACAAAAAUAUUGUAUUGAUUUUUUUAUUUAGAAUAAAUAUAGAAAUAUUAUAAA